AUGGAUAGCUGGAGAAAAAACGAAAUGAUGAACACGGAGAUAAAUUCAGAUUUAAGCACAACUACAAACACAAACGCAAAUGCAAACACUGGAAUAACCACCGACCGUCUUGAUAGUCGUGUCUGGGAGCCUUCGGGUGGAAUUCCGUCAUUUUCAACAUGUGCCACCGCAAAAAAAGAGCUUGAGCAGGUUGUUCCACCUCUUUCAGGCACAAAUCUAAAGCCAGCGUUUGAUAAAAUAGACGCCCAACAGCAAAACAGCCCAGAAACUUCAAGUUUGGAGGACGACAAAGAGGAUCCAAGAGACCAGCGGCGGAGAGAGCCACCGAUAUUGACUCUAGGUGCAGAUCACGGCAUGGUCCAUGAAGGUGCAAGAUGGGAAAAGUUCCCACCUCUACCUCUGGAAUUUCCACCUGUUCUCAGACCUCUAGGUGGAGAAGUGUUGUACGAGCAGCUUCCAGAACUGCUGUAUUACCCGAUUCGGCACGACGGCCUCCCCAGCCCUCCGUUCAGCCGGGCACAGCUCCCUCCAGAAGUCCCCGUCUUUCCCCUGGGCACAAAGUUCAAUAGACGCCGGAACUGUUGCGUUGCACAGCCCGAGCUCAUCAAGAGGAGGUCCAGAGCAGUGCUUGGUCACGAGUACCUCAGUGAACACUUGCCCAACGACGACGGGGUCUUUGAGACGAUCGUCCGGCAGUAUCUCUUGCCGUUUUGCUCGUUCAACUACCUGAAUAUGGGGUAUUUCGAGGCGCAGCAGCAGCUUGGAAGGAUUGAUGAAAGCGAGAUCUUCGAGAUCAACUACCGCUCAAGCAUUCCAGAGUGCCGGGAGGACGAUCCGGGUCGAUUCAACGUGAUCAUGCCGAGAAACAUGAAUUUUUACGAGCCGAAGGUCUUCUGGUGCCAACCGGACUCCGAGGAUAAACGCAGAGGCAGAAAUGGAUUGUGCCCAUACUGCAAGCCCAACCCUAAUGAUCGCAGGCUGGACCUCAGCCAGAUGUUCUUCAACAUGAACACUUCGGCUUACUUGCAUCACGUGACCAAGCAGCACGGGGUCUACAGCAACGGGACCGAGAUGCCGUUGCCGGCUGCAAUUGGAAGUGUGCUGGAGACCAAAGACAUGAAAAGUGGAAGAAAGUGUUUGCUGGUGGAUGCGGUCACGUGUCCAGUAUGCCACCAGAUGAUCAAGAUUCAAAAGCUUAGCGAUCCGUCCUUGGUUGGCCGCAACCGGUUUUUGGCAUAUUUCCGCCACAUGCUCACGCAUAACAUGAAGAAGAAGAACGGUGUAUGGUACUGA